AUGGCAAAGUCCGUCGCAAUUGAGUCGGGGAUGAGUGGGUUCGAAGAGCCGUUGCACGCGAUUCAGCUGCAGCUGCGGGAGAAUAAGACGGUCGCGACGGGGAAGGAUCAGGUUGUUGAGACGGUUGGCUCGACGGAAGACAUCGAAGGAAGCGAUGCGCAACCCGUCACGACCACCAAAUGGGAAGUUUGGGCUUACUACCUCUACUACGUCGGCAAUUCUGGCCUCGGACCCUUCAACUUCGGCCCAGCCCUCAUGCAAAACCUCCUCUCCCAAGCCGCCGACUCCAACGGCCUCCUCCCCUUCGCCACACCCAAAUCCAUCAAUGCAAUCGUCCUCGAAGCAAACGGAAUUAGUUUCGCAAUCCAAUGCGUACUCUUCCUUAUCCUCGGCUCAUUCGCAGACUAUGGGAGAUGGAGACGAGUCAUCCUCAUCGUACUCAGUAUCCUCGCCUGGGCGGACGGAUUCGCAUGGCUCGGCGUCACGGAUCCGACAACCCUCACCUUCUGGACCGCCGCAUUCCCCUCCCUCGUCCGGGACCUUCCCAUCCUCCAAGCCUCCCGCUGUGACCUCACAACCGCCGCAACAACACCCGAAGCGCACGCCGCCCUGGACUCCUACCACCGAAAUCGCCUGAGCAAUAUGUCUUUCUACGUCUGUUCCUGCGGCGAACUCCUCAUCCUCGCAAUCGUUGUCGGGAUCAUGUACGCCUGCAACGCAAACGGGACCCUCGCCCAAAACACCCGCGCAAACGCCAUCAUCCUCGCCUUCGCUUCAUCAAUCUGGAUCCUCGUCGCGAUUCCAUGGUUUAUCCUCGAGAAACCCCGUCUCGGGCAACAAAUGCCAAAAGACAAAAACUAUUUCACGGUCUCGUUCUGGAAUAUCGCGCGUGCGACGAAGAUCAUCGGCACCCUCCAAUACGAAAUCGCAUCGUACUCAACCCUCCUCCUAACCUACCUCCUCCUAACCUACCUCCUCAUCGUCGGCAUCUCCACUCAAGCACUUGGCAUCCACGCCUUCUGGUCCCUCCAAAAACACUACCACAUCCCAACAAAAUCCAUGCUCCUCCUCGUCGUCCUCUUCCUCCUCCUCCUAAUCGCCUGGGGCUGUAUCGGCAUAACCUCCCCCACCUUCGGCUUCAAACAUUUAUGGGAAAUCUGGGCAUACCAAGCCUUCUACGGAUUCCUCGUGUGCCCGUGGUACGCCUACUCCCAAACCAUGAUAUCCGAACUCGUUCCCCACGGAAAAGAAUUCCUCUUUUUCGCGCUCUUCUCGAUCGUGGGAAAGACGUCCAGUUUUGUGGGGCCGUUUGUGAGUAGUGCGAUUGUUGAGCGGAGUGGGAAUGGGAAUAUGCCGUUUGCGUUUUUAAUGGGGCUUGCGGGGGUUGGGGUGGGGGUGUUGUGGUUUGUGGAUGUGGAGAGGAGUCGGGGGGAGUGUGAGAGGUUUUUGAGGGAGGAGGGGGAUGGAGGGGACAACUGA